AUGACAGAGAAUAUAUCCAACUAUGUGAGCGAGGGAGAAGAUAGUACACUUUUGCUACUAAACAGCGAUGAAAGCAUACUUUCGCGGGCGCUUGUUUGCGUCCUCUCGACAGGCCUACUUGUCGUCGCCUGUCUUGGUUGUGUGCUCAAUACUAUUGCAUUUACGACGCUUAUCAGACAUCCUGCGCGUGUAAAAAGAAGAACCUCGGAGAUAUAUUUGAUCCACAUCUCACUGAAUGACUGGCUCUUUAGUCUUGGACUUUUUCCACAGGCUUUUGCAAUGAUCGCUAAAUUUGAUCUUGGAGAUACUGGCUGCAAAAUUGUUCUUGGAAUGACAAACAUCAACCUAACUGCUUCAGUUUUAUUCGUCACAGGAAGAGUUUCAUGCUCAGUUUAUGGCAUUAGUAAAAUAAACAAGCACUUUUUGCAACUCAACAUAAGUGAUGACGAUAGAUCGAUAUUUAGCAGUACUUUACGGGCCCCAAAAGACAUCUUUUCGCAAGUGGCGAGCAAAGUCUUCCGUUCAACUACAGGCCUGCUGUAUUUGGAUCGUCUCGGGUAUUUUGUCCCUGCCCGUUUGGCUGUACUCCGUGGGACGGCUGCAUUCAACAGACGAUGGACACUUUUCGGAACACCCGCUUUGCGGCUUCAAAUACACCUCGCACGCUGUGGCAUUGUUCCAUUGUAUAAUGCGCCUGCUAUGUUGCUGGCUAAUCCCCUCUUUCAUCAUUCUAGCCUCCAACAUCGGUCUUCUAUGUUUCCUACGCAGACGGCCAGGGGUCGCCUCAAAGAACGCACUCAACAGGGGUUUACUCCCCAUGUGAAAUUAAAACGUAAAUCUGCGCUACGAAUCCCUCGCCAUUGCAACACAACUAGAAUCGUCUCAACUGGCCGCCGCAUUCUCACUAAGAUCAGUGCAUUCGUGACAGUCAUCGUUCUAAUCUGCUGGAUGCCGGACCAGAUUCUUUCCUUCUAUGUCGGAGUCGCUCAUGAAAUAGAAAAUGAAGACCCUGAACAUAUUCCGCACUCGCUCCCACUGGCUAUCCUCAUCACCAAAUACGUGUUCAAAGUGCUUCUAUACUGCACGGCUGUGAUAAACCCGAUAAUUUAUUGCUUCAUGAUCCGGUCAUUUCAGACUCGCCUCCAUCGAGUAAUGAAGUCCAGAAACCACCGAGCGAAGCAGAUGCUCAUCGAGCGCAGAGUGAUUCUCUCAUCCUUCAUGGAAACGAGUCUCGCGCCCGUGUCCUGCACUGCUACCUGCCACUACAUUCGACAGCACCAAAGUGAAAUUUCAAUUCCGUUCAUAAGUCACAACUAG